AUGAAAGCGGUGCGGGUCGCGGACGACGACGACCUCAUCCUAGUGGUCGCCGCCGAGAAGAGCCGUCAGGCCGGCGAGGUAGGCCCCGACGAGAUCGCCGAUGACGAGAGUACGAGCGGCGCCGCCGGGCGUCGAACCUUGAGCUUCAGCCAGGCUUACAAGAUGAGGCACCGCGACCCAAUGGUGUUCACGACGUGGCAGACGGUGCUGCUGGCGUACCAGUCGCUCGGCAUCGUCUACGGCGACCUGGGCACGUCGCCGCUGUACGUGUUCUCGUCCCUGGUCCUGCCGGACGCCGGCGAGGCGGACUUCCUGGGCGUGCUCAGCCUCAUCCUCUGGACGCUCACCGCGAUGAGCCUCGUCAAGUACGUGCUCAUCGUCCUCCGCGCCGACGACCACGGCGAGGGCGGCACGUUCGCGCUCUACUCGCUCCUGCGCCAGCCUCGGGUCCCACGGCGAGAGGAGCGGGCCGCCGUCCAGGCUGCAUAUCGCUGGCUGGAGGACAGCUCGGUGCUGCAAGCUGCCGUCACCUGCUUCAUGUUGCUUGGGACUUGCAUGAUGAUUGGCGAUGGGGCUCUCACCCCAGCCAUCUCAGUUCUUUCUGCCGUACAAGGAAUCCAAUCGAGAUCUUCCAACAUCAAACAAGAGCAUGUUGUCAUCUUGAGCGUGGUGAUCCUGCUCCUGCUGUUCCUCAUCCAGCGAUUUGGCACGAACAAAGUGAGCGCCUCCUUCUCCCCCAUCAUGCUCGCGUGGUUCGGAUCCAUCGCCAUGAUCGGGGUGUACAACAUAGCCAGGCACUAUCCACCUGUUCUGAAAGCUGUAUCACCACAUUACGUAUACUACUACUUCGCGAGGAACAAAAAGGUCGGCUGGGAGCAACUUGGAGCCAUCAUCCUGUGCAUCACAGGUGCUGAAGCUAUGUUUGCUGAUUUGGGUCACUUCAACAAGUCAUCGAUCCAGGUGGCGUUUUCGACCUUAGUUUACCCAUCCCUGAUCCUCGCGUACUCCGGCCAAGCGGCGUACCUGAUCAAGCACCCCUCGCAGCUGAGCACAACGUUCUACAGCAGCAUCCCGGAGCCCCUGUUCUGGCCGAUGUUCGUGGUCGCCACUCUGGCGGCCAUGGUUGCGAGCCAGGCGCUGAUAUCCGCCAGCUUCUCCAUCAUCCGCUAGUCCAUGGCUCUUGGUUGCUUCCCUCGCGUCACCAUAUGCCACACUUCGGAGGAGUACGAAGGCCAGGUGUACUGCCCGGAGAUCAACUACUUCCUGAUGGUCGUGGGCAUCGCGAUCACCGUCGGCUUCGGCGGCGGACCCGAGAUCGGCCGCGCCUUUGGUGUUGCAGUGAUCUUUGUCAUGCUCAUCACCACUUGUCUGGUGUCAAUGGUCAUGGAUGUCAUCUGGCGAGUGAACGCCGAGUGGAUCGCCACGUUCGCCGUCGCCUUCGUCUCCACCGAGGGCGUGUACGGCAGCGCGCUGAUGAACAAGUUCGCGGAAGGCGGCUGGGUGCCGUCCGCCAUCGCGGCGAUGCUGCUGGUGCCCACGCUGUCGUGGACGUACGGGCGCAAGCUCAAGGCCCGGUACGAGGCGCGCCACGCCCUGGACGCCGCGGAGCUCGGCGCGCUGGCGGCCCGCCGCCACGCGCCGGGCGCCUGCGUCUUCCUCACCGACCUGGUCAACGGCUUCCCGCCCAUCGUGCGCCGCUACGCCGAGCACACGGCGUGCCUCCGCGAGCUGAUGCUGUUCGUCACCGUGCGGGAGCUGCCGGUGCGGUCGGUGCUCCCCGAGGAGCGGUUCCUCGUCGCCAGGGAGGCGCCGGGGGUGUACCGCUGCGUCGUGCGGUACGGGUACAUGGACAAGUACGACCUCGUCGGCGACGGGUUCGUCGGGUCCGCCGUCGCCGCGCUCAAGGAGGCCGCCGAGAGCGCCGAGGAGGCCGAGGCGGUGGAUUCGGCUCUCGGGGAUGGUUACGUCGUCGUGUUCGGGAGGACGAUCCUGCACAUGGGCGGCGAGCACAACUGGUUCAAGCGGUUCGUCAUCAACUACCUCUACAGGUUCCUGCAGAAGAACUUCAGGUCCAGCGUCUCCAUGCUCAAGAUUGACCAUGCCAAGACCUUGCAGGUUGGAAUGCUCAUGAGAUUUGAGUGGUUGAUGUCUAAAAAGAAUGAUUUUGUCCCCCAAGCUGUUAUGACAGAGUGGUAG